ACACAUGGAGUAGCAGAUGAGCUGAGCUGAAGCAAGAUUUCUCGAACUUGAUAUUUUCUAUCUGAAUCAUCUCUCUAUCUUCCAGUUUCAGAGGUUUAGCUUGUGAACUUGGAAUUGGGGAUACCUCUGGUAAGCUCUAGUGUUUUCGUUCCAACUUUCUUAUAAAUGUUUCGUGAUUGAGAAAUUAGGGUUGUUUCAUAUUUUUCCCCCCUAUUUUGAAAAUACAUGUUAAUUAGCUUUUUCAAUUGAACGACAUGGCAUAUGCUGCUGUUGUAUCUCUGGUACAAACGCUGGAAUGCGUUAUGAAAGGCCAUGAAAUUCUGUAUAACAAAGAACAAAUUGAAUGCUUCCUUGUUAAAGUGACUUACUUGCAAGCUUUUCUGGAAGAUUUUUCCACAAAAAGCAGAAAAGAAGUUAAAGAUCUCGAGGCACAAAUUGGAAAUCUAGCUUGUGCAGCUAACGAUGUCGUUGAUUCUUAUGCAUCGAGUGAGCUUAUUUCGGUGUGUGAAUGUUGUACGGAUACAAAUUACAGUAUCUUCUGUCAGGAUUUGGAUAAUUUGUUAGGAGAAUUUGACACAGCAAUAUCCAAAGUGCUGGAGUUGAGGGAUAUGGAUUUGAAGACUUUGGAAUCCAAGAAUUCCUUGUCAGCUGGUUUUUUGAAUAGUGUUGAGAAUGUUAUGGUAGGAUUUGAUGAUGAACUGAUGCAGAUAAAGGAUAGGCUGACUGGAGCACCAUCAUAUAAGCUCGAUGUUAUCUCCAUAGUUGGUAUGGGAGGAAGUGGUAAAACUACUCUUGCUAGAAAUAUCUAUGAUGAUGAGUUUAUUGUGUAUCACUUCUAUAUUCGUGCUUGGGUGACUGUUUCACAAGAAUACGAUGUCCGUGAAAUCCUACUAGCGCUCCUCAAGUCUACGGAAAAGAAGCUUACUUCCAAUUUUUAUGAAGAUAGUAUUGACAGACUAGAGGAAUACCUAUACAAAAGUCUAAAGGGAAGUAGGUAUCUAAUUGUAUUGGAUGAUAUGUGGGAGCGCGAUAUCUGGGAUUAUAUUAAACAACUGUGUCCAGAUGAUGGCAACGGGAGCAGAAUUGUGGUGACUUCUAGGAUAUCGGACAUGGCUUUGUAUGCCAGUUCUAACAACCCUCCUUACUUUAUGCGUUUUCUUAACAAAGAUGAGAGUUGGAAUCUUCUCAAGAGAAGAGUGUUUAAGGAUGAAGAUUGUCCGAGUGAAUUGGAAAGAGUUGGGUAUGAGAUUGCACAAAGUUGUCAAGGACUUCCUCUGGCAAUUGCUCUGGUUGGUGGACUCCUAACCAAGGUCCAGCGUUCGCUAGGUCCAUGGAGAAGUGUUGUGGAAAACAUAAAGUCCGUCAUGGCUACAGAGGUUGACCCGUGCUUAGAGUUGCUGUCAUUGAGUUAUAACCACUUGCCUCAUCACUUGAAAAUGUGCUUUCUUUAUAUGGGAGUUUUCCGCGAGGACUAUCAGAUCCCAGUCUCCAGACUCAUCUGGUUGUGGGAAGCCGGAGGCUUCCUAAAACCACGCGUUGAUGGUACAAGCUUGGUCGAGGUGGGGGAGAAAUGUCUGAAGGAUCUUGUUGACAGAAGUAUUGUAUUGGUGGGUAAGAGGACAUCAAGUGGCAAAAUCAAGACAUGCUUCCUGCACGAUCUGGUCAGAGAUCUCUGCCUGAGAGAAGCUCGAAAGGAAAAGUUUCUCCGCUCCUUGACAAACAAUGAUGAUCUAAUUUCAUCAGAAGGUGCAUUUGGUCAUCGGCAUCUAACUAUUGAUUCAAAUAUUUUACGCGAUAAUGCUUCGUUUCGCAGGGAUUCAAUGAUUUCAGUUUGUAAAUAUUCGGAUGGUCGAUUGAAAGAAAUAUAUGAUGCUCUGCGUUCAAGCUCACUGAUCCAUUCUCUUAUGUUUACUGGUACCUAUCACAAGCCCAUGAACAUUUAUCUAGGCUUUAGACUGCUUAGAGUAUUAGAUGCACUGCACUUGGCUUUUCUUUGGUUCCCCAUAGAUGUUCUAGGACUUGUUAACUUGAGAUACUUUGCUUUAACCUUCAAUGGUGAGCUCCCUGCACCGAUAUCCAAUCUUCGAUAUCUGUCAAUCUUGAUUGUUAAUCAAAACUUGCUUGGCCCCCCAUCAUAUCUACCUGCAGGAUUUUGGGAGAUGCCACAACUGAGGCAUAUUAAGUUCAAAGAAGUUUAUCUCCCUGAUUAUCCUGAUUUGCUUUUGUAUGGGAGAAAGACUUCUUUUCUGGACAGUCUAGAAACACUUUCAGGCGUACGAGACUUCAGAAUUACCGAGGAUGUUUUUAGGAGCAUACCGAAUGUACGGAAAUUGGGAAUUGUAUACGACAGAAGCUCCAACACAGAGGAAUGGUCAUUCUACUGUCUUCACAAUCUAGUCUAUCUGCAUCAACUUGAAAAGUUUGCUUGCACUUUUCACUCUGCAAAAAAGCAUCUUUCCUUGAAAAAACCUGGGCUUCCAGGCCUUGAUUUCCCCUCGAAUCUCAAAAAACUGGCUCUACGCGGCUGGGAAAUUUCAGCAGAGUAUAUGGCAGCGAUUGCUUCGUUGCAUAAUCUUGAAAUCCUCAAGCUGCAAUCGUGCUCGUUGGAAGAGUCUGAGUGGAAUAUACUUGAAGGAGAGUAUGGUAGAUUAAAGGUGUUGCUGCUUGAAAAAGUGAACCUGGUGAGGUGGGGAGAUGAGACUGACUGCUUCCCAAAUCUUGAGCAUCUCAUCAUCAAGUACUGUGACAAACUAGAGGAAAUCCCUUCUACUUUCGGGGACAUACCAACUCUUCGACUAAUCAAGUUAGCCGGCUGCAGCUCCUCGUGCAACGAUUCUGCCAAUCAGAUCCUACAAGAUCAGCAGAGUUUGGGAAACGACGACCUCACUGUGAGUAUCACGAUCCUUAGACCUUCCGGACAGUAAAAAGUGGUGCGAGUUUCCUAAGCAUGACAGGGAAGUGACUUGGUUUCCUCAAGGAUUGAGCAUCAACAGUUAUGGCUUGGUUCAUGUCCAAAUAGAUUGACUCAGUCUCUUCAGUGCUCUCAUCACCAGCAGCAGGAGCUUCACCCUUAUCAACAGCAGCUGGGGCAGCUGGAGCAGCUUCAAACUUUUUAUUAUUCUCAAUCAUAGCAUGUAAUGUUGCGCGACCAAGUCUCGCAACAUCAGCAAGUCUGAAUGCCAGAACGCUACGCCUCACCAGUUGCAGAUAAUUUGGGCCAAAGCUUGUGUUUGACAAAUCAGCAUCCCAAAUGUGAUCAACUCUGAAUCUCUCCCUCACAGAACGAAUCACAGACCCUCGAGUCUUCAAACCGCAGGCUAAGAAAAUAUGACCAAGCAGGUAAUUUACAACAAGCUAGGCAAAUUUCUAAUUCAAAUAAGAUACACAAAAACUUGGAUACGAUCGGAUGUACCGAACAAUCAGAUUGACCCGCACUCAGAAUAGUGUUUUUAUA